AUGCCUCCAAAGAAUAAGAAGCAAAAGGAGAUUGUUCAGGAUGAUCGUUUUCAAGCGAUUGUAUUAACAGAUUCAUUUGAAACCAGAUUCAUGCCUUUGACAUCUGUUCUACCACGAUGCUUAUUACCCUUAGCUAACGUCCCUUUAAUUGAAUAUACAUUGGAAUUCUUAGCUAACGCUGGGGUAAAUGAAGUGUACUUAAUGUGCUCUUCGCAUGCUGACCAAAUCCAAGAAUAUAUUGAAAAGUCAAAAUGGUCAUCGAAAACUUCACCUUUUAAGAUUAGUACCAUUAUGUCUUUGGAAUCUAGGUCUGUUGGGGAUGCAAUGAGAGAUUUAGACAAUAGAGGGUUGAUUUCAGGGGAUUUUUUGUUGGUUUCCGGUGAUGUAGUGACUAAUAUCGAUUUUGAAAAGGCCAUGAAUGCUCACAAGCAAAGAAAGCAAACGGAUAAAGAUCAUAUUGUAACAAUGGUGUUAACACCUGCUAGUCCAUUGCACCGUACAAGAUCACAAGUUGAUCCGGCCACUUUUAUUUUGGAUAAGGAUACUGGGAAAUGUGUAUUUUACCAAGGUAUUCCACCGGUUGAUGGUAAGAGAAGCAGCAUAAAUAUCGAUCCCGAAUUAUUAGAGGAUAUCGAAGAUGAAAUGGUUAUUAGAAAUGAUUUAAUUGAUUGUUGCGUUGAUAUUUGCACUCCACAUGUACCACAAAUUUUCCAAGAGAAUUUUGAUUACCAAUAUUUAAGAAGUGAUUUUGUCAAAGGUGUUUUGACGUCUGAUUUAUUGAAGAAAACCAUCUAUGCCUAUAUUACUGAUGGAUCUGAAUAUGCUGCAAGAGUAGAAAGUUGGGCAACCUAUGAUGCUAUUUCACAAGAUGUCUUGGCCAGGUGGUGCUACCCAUUAGUUCCUGAUUCAAACUUGUUGGAAAGCAAUUCUUAUAGCUAUGAAUUCAAUCACAUCUAUAAAGAGGAUAAAGUUAUUUUGGCGCAAUCUUGCAAAAUAGGCAGUUGUACAUCCAUUGGUACCAAUUCAUCUGUGGGAGAAGGUACAUCUAUCAAAAAGUCUGUCAUUGGUAGAAAUUGUCAAAUUGGUAACAACGUUAUUAUUAAUAACUCCUACGUUUGGGAUAAUGCUAUAAUUAAGGAUAACUCAAUUAUCGAUCACAGUAUCAUUGCUGGAAAUGCUGAAAUUGGUAACGACGUUACAUUAAAUCCAGGAACAGUCAUUGGUUAUAAUGUGGUUAUCGGGGAUGGCAUACAUCUUUCAAAUAAUACCAGAGUUGUAGAAAAGCCGAUCGAUAGAAAUGACGAAUCUUUUGAACUGAGUCCUUCAUUCGAUAGUGACGAAGAAGAUGGAAAGACUAAUGGUGGUAAAACUUCAAAUACUGAACAGAUUGUAAAUGAUGUAGAUGUGGUUGGGGACAACGGUGUCGGUUUCUUAUACGUGUCAGACAACGAAUUUGACGAAGAAUCUGAUUCAGAAUAUGGCGUAUCACAAAACUAUUCCGGUAUAAUUUAUCAAAUGCAAUCAUUAAAUGUUUCUGAUGAUUCUAUUGCAUCCGUUUCUAAUGCUAAGGCCAAGAAGCACCACCGUCGUACUUCAUCAAGAAAUAGAAGAUUAUCGUCAGCUUCAAUGGUAUCAACUGAUUACGAAGGCGGCGUAUUUUCCGAAGAAGAAGAAGAAGAUUUUGAAAAAGAAGCUAUUGCAACUGUUGACAGAUCCAUGGAGAACAACCACGAUUUGGAUACCGCAUUAUUGGAAUUGAAUACCUUGAGAAUGUCCAUGAAUGUUACUUAUCAUGAUGUCAGAUUAGCUACUUCCAAAGCAUUAAUCCACAAAAUUGUCCAUUUUAUCACUACUGAUACCUUGGAUGUUAAAGAGGCAACAGAAAAAAUUUUCAACAAGUGGGGGUUGUUAUUCAAGAGACAAGUAUUCGAAGAAUUCGAACAAGUCGACUUAUUGCAAAUCAUACAAGAAAUAUGUUCCAAAGUGGAUAAAUCGUACAAUCAAAAGAUUUUAUUCAUGGCACUUAACAUAUUGUACAAUCAAGAUAUAGUAGAAGAGGAAAAUAUCUAUAAAUGGUGGGAUUCAGAAUCGUCUACUGCCAAUGAUGAUUUGGUUCAAGUUAGAACUUUGACUGGUAAAUGGGUCGAUUGGUUAAGAGAAGCCGAGGAAGAAAGUGAGGAAGAAAGUGAUUGA